AUGUUUAAAAGAAGUAGGCAUCUGAAGAGUGUGUCAAACGCAAUCAAAUCUGCAAGAGUUCAUGAUGUCUCAAAUGGUAUCAACUCUAAAUACUUUGACACUAAGAAAAUAUGCACAUACGGUAUUAAUGGACGAAUAGUAGUUACCACAUUUGACUAUACUCAAAGUCUCCUGGCAGUUGCGACUACUGCUGGCGAGAUACACAUUUAUGGACAAAAGCAAAUUGAAGUUGUAUUUACGUUGAAGAACAGAACCCAAAUUAAAGACAUGAGGUUUGUCAAGGGAAUAUAUUUAAUAGCGGUAGAUGAGAAAAACAACAUAAUAGUGCUUUCAUUAUACUCAAAACAGAUUUUGACCACUGUUUUUUGCCCCAAUAGUAUCACUUGCAUAGAAACUGACCCAUCUCUUGACUGGAUGCUGAUUGGUCUUGAGAGUGGAUCUGUGUUGAUAUAUGACGUAGAUAGAAACCAAAUGUCCCAAGCGAGAAUUGAAAACUUCCAGAAAAGCAUGUUUCUACCAAAAGAGAAGCUAUCACCAGUUGUUUCUAUCCAGUGGAAUCCUAGAGAUGUAGGAACAAUAUUGAUAUCAUACGAACUUAUUACCAUCAUUUAUUCAUUUGUAGAUUCUAAAGUGAAGCAACAUUUUUUCUAUCAAUUAGAUCCCUAUGCUCCGGGGGGUGAUCUAUCUACAAAUAUAGAAAAAAAAAGGACGCCAAAAGUUAUCCAGUCACUUUAUCAUCCAAAUUCUUUGCACAUACUAACAGUUCAUGAUGAUAACUCCUUGGUGUUUUGGGAUGUGAAUAGCGGUAAACUGAUUCAAGCUAGAAGCAUAUUUGAAACAGAUGUAAAUUUUCCAAGCUCUGCCUUGAAAGACUGCUCCUUGAUAGAAACUCCUGCUAUCUUAAAAGUAUCGUGGCUUUGUCAGCGUAAUCCUGAGUAUACAUCACUGUUAAUUGCAACAAAGGCUACAAAUAAUCCUGAUUUACCUCAAGAACUAACAAUGAUUGACUUGGGUGGCACGCCGAUGUAUUCUGUAACAUCAUUCGACGCAAUGAGCAAGUAUUACGCCAAGCCGGCUCAACAAAAACUAUUCUCAUUGAUUGGAAAGGCUCCACUUAUAAACUUUUUGCCUUUACCGAAGGCCUCACCAUAUUUUGGUGGAUGUCAUGACACGAAUCUUAUUUUAUUACUUUUAGCCGACGGUGAACUUGAAACACUAAUAUACCCCACUGGAUCUUUCAGUUCUAAAGCAUCUAUUUUUCCUCGAAGCUUAGCAUGGGUCAGACCGACAGUUACUACUUGUAUAGCUGAAUCAAUUCAAAAGAAGCUUUGGCUAGGGAUGAUGACCAUCGCUCAAAAUGACUCGUUUCUUAAGGGUGGUACAUCUGCUAGCAGAAAUAUCAGAAACUAUGAGACUAGAUCAACUUUACUAACUGGUCACACAAAUGGUUCAGUUAGAAUAUGGGAUGCUUCGCAUAGUGAAGUAACUGAUAAUUCCGUAUUUGAAAUAGAUACUGCUAAAGUACUUAAUAGGGCUACCAAUCUAGCUAUCAAAAACAUCUCUUUUGCAUCGGAAACCCUGGAAUUGGCAGUAUCAUCUGAAGUUGGGGAUGUGAUUCUUUAUAAGUUCGAAACGAAUAAGUUUUACGGUCAUCCACCUAGAAGCGAUGCAUUACAGUUGAAAUUCAGCAGAUUUUCGUUGGAUGAUUCAAACAAAAUUUUAGUCGAUGUUACGGAUAGAGGUCCUACCAACGUUAAACAAGGUUUUAUGCCAAGUACAGUAAUUCAUGCUAAAAAAGAUGCGGUAUCCACUGUCAUGAAUAGUAACAUCGGGUUUGUUGCUGUUGGUUUCAAUGAAGGAACCUUGAUAUUAUUGGACAGAAGAGGACCCGCUGUCAUCUUAAAUAAAAAUAUUAGAGCCUUCUCCAAAGCUGGUAGUUCCUAUGUUUCCGCUGUUCACUUUUGUAUCAUGGAGUAUGGCAAUGAUGGAUACUCUAGUAUUUUAAUGCUGUGUGGUACUGAUAUCGGAGAAUUAUUGACCUUCAAAAUACUGCCUACAACUAGUGGAAGAUUUGAAGCUAAAUUUACAGAUGCAACGAAAACUAAUAAUCAAGGUAAGAUUUCAGGUAUUAAUUCUUUUGCCAGAGAGACUGGAUACAGUUGUUCUGCUACUAUUGCAAAGAUGCAAGAUUUAGGCAAGGGUAUCGCAUUACCUGGAUUUGUUACGGUGACUGGCACAGAUGAUAUUCGUUUAGUAUCGCCAGGUAGAUCUAAGGAUACUCAUGCACUUCUCAAGUUUCCAAUUGCCACCAGUGGAUUGUCUUUUAUUCCAAUUCUGAACAGUAAAAGAGAAAGAAAGCUUUCAACUGUUAUGAUUGUUCUACUAAUUAAUGGAGAUAUAAAAAUUAUGACUAUGCCUGAACUUAAGGAAGUCAAAAAUUUACACAGCACAAUCCCAGUAACCACGCAAUACAUUGAGAAUUCAUCUGUAUUAGAAAACGGUGACAUUGUAAUUCGCAGUGGGAAAUCUCAAGCGUCUUUGAUAUCAGUGAUUAACGAAAGCGCCACUGGACCAGAACACAAUAGUAGCAUAUCACAACCUACUCCCAUUGACACUUUAUACAAUCCUGAUUUAAAUAUUAGUUACAGGCCUCAAGUAAACUCUUUACAAUGGGCUAGAGGAGCUGUUUAUUGCACGCCACAUCAACUUGAUGAGCUACUCGGCGGUAUAGAAAGACCUGAAUCGAAGUAUGAAGAGAGUAACAUUGCUCGAGGAUCCUUAUCUUCUAGUAAAUAUGCAGCCGAGAAAUCAUCUGCUGGCACAGGCGAUCAUAAGUACACCAGACCUGUGAGAAGUUUUGGAGGAAGCGGCCGUUACGGUAUUGUUAAAAGUGUUUCUAGGGCAGUUGAAACUCGUUUAGACACAGUAGAAACUACAAUUAAUGACUAUGCAACAACGAUGGGACAAACUAUGAAUGAUGCUAUGGAAGAAACGGGAAGAGAUAUGAUGAAGAGCGCUAUAGGUUUUUAG